AGUAAUUUUUUCAGAGGCAACAAUUUUUUGCUGUGCGUUUUCAAUUCAGUCACAAAGAAAACGGCAAAAGAAACGUACGCGUUAAAUACCACAAAAAGAAAAGUUAAAGUUAAAAUCGUUUGUAACGGUUUUAUUAUACUCGAGUGUUUUAAGUUAAAAAACAUUCAUUAAUAUGGAUUGUGGAACAACAUUAGUGAAAUACAUUCUCUUCAUUUUCAAUACCUUGGUGUCGAUUCUCGGCAUUUUGGCUAUUGUUUAUGGCGUGAUUGUUUUAAACAGCAUUGGUCUCAUCGAAGUUGACAAUCAGGUCGGUUUCCCACCACAGGCAGCUGUACCUAUAUGUCUAAUCACAAUUGGUUCAAUUGUGGUAUUCAUUUCAUUCUUGGGCUGUUGUGGCGCCAUUCGCGAAGAUGUCUGCAUGACCAUGUGCUAUGCUGUCUUUAUGUUAAUCUUGCUCAUUCUUCAACUGGUAUUGAUUGUAUUGCUCUGGACUAACAAAGAUAAAAUUACAAAUCUUAUGGGUGAAAUUGUCGAUAAGACAUGGGAACGUGAAGCCAGAGAGGCGGGAGUUUUUGAAGCCAUCCAAAAAUCGUUCAAGUGUUGCGGCGCUAAUGGACCUGCUGAUUAUGCCCUCAUUCUUAAAUUGCCAACUGACAGCUGUUGCCCAGCUGGUAGCACAUGCACUCCUCUCAACUACUAUGGCGGCUGCAAGGACAAGUUUGUUGAAAACAUGUCUGGCAAAACCGAUAAUGCUAAAUACUUUGGUCUUGGUUUAAUUGCUAUUGAGCUUGUUGGUUUCAUCUUUGCCUGUUGUCUGGCCAAUAAUGUGCGCAACUAUAAGCGAAGAAAUGCUUAUUAAUUAAAUGUUUUGUAAGAACAAAUAACAAAAAUCUCAAUCAUUUAAACAUUUAAAUAAAAUCCCCUCUGCAUAGUUUUUUUCUUUUCAAAAUAUUUAAAAGCACACACAUACACACAAAUACAUACAAAUGUAAUAUUCCAAAAUAUAAAAAACGUACAAUUUAAGAAUGAAAUACGAAUCAAAUGAAUCAA